AAGAUAUAAACAAAAUCACAUAAUAUCAAUCAAUCAAAUCUAAAGCCUCUUGUGAACUGUAUUUCUAAAACAAGACUCAUGGUCCCGACAAAAUCAAUCAAGUUGCUUUCCAAAAAUAAGUCCUUGGUAAAUUUGGUAAAUUGCAGCUAACCAAAAACUCCUCCCAGUUCAUCAAAGAUUCCCCUCAACCAGUGCAGUAGAUUAUUGAAGGUGAUCAAUGUUUCUGUAAAAAGGUAAAAAGAUGAAUUUUUUGCUUAUAUAUAGGAGCGGGUAAAGAACUAAUAUUCUUGUGAGAGAAGAGGGAAGUAGUUUCUUAGAUCAUAUAAUGCAGAGUUUAGAGUUGAAGUAUGAUGAACAAUGUGAUUGUUGGGUUUUGGAGCCCUUCGAUAGUCUCCAUUCAUUCUGUGUCAAAAUCACUUCGCUCACCAUGUAGCUUUUCUGCACCAUCACCGAGCUGCUGUACUUCUCCCACUACUUACUUCACCGUCCCUAGUUUACCCAAGCGACGCGAAGGGAGGUUUUUGUUUUGGAAGAUUGUGGUUCGGUUUUGGAAGUGUUUUAAGCCUAGACCUUGUUCGGGGACUGCGAAAAAUGAUCCCAAAGGAAUGAGGCCUUGUGGUGGUGAUGAUUCAGCCAAAAUGAGAAGCGGGAUGCAGUCACCACUGCAGGGACAACAUCGUGCUGAGUAUUAUUCUGCAAUGAGUGCCGAUGAGCGCGACGAGAAUCUGAAGGAGGUGAUCUUCUAUUGCAGGAAAUCUAGUUCUACAGAACCUACAGAAGUGGUGGUAGAAAAUUGAUGUUAUAUAAGCCGAAGGAAGAUAGGAUUUUUUUUUUUUUUUUUUUUGUUAAAUUCUGGAAUCUGCAUCAUCUGAUUAGGUUGCUCAGAUCAACCAAAUAUAAUUUUAUGAGCUUUUGAGAUGGAAGCUUAAUUUGUAGAUUUGAGUUUUCAUACUCAACAUAUAUUUUCUUGUAUAUUUUGUGUUCUACUUUUGCCUGUAAAAGAAGCUGUGCAAAGGAGAUCCAUGUUACUUCAUUAUUUUUUCAGUAUAAAAGUUGUCAUUGGCAACUGAUAAAGCAUGUUUUAGUGCUCA